AUGUUGUCGUAUGAGGAAAAAGCGUCUGAAUGUAUGAAAAACGAGGAGUAUUCCAAGGCCAUCAACUACUAUACGCUCUGUAUUAACAAUGGAGAAGCCACUACCAAAGCCUACUCUGGUCGAGCAACGGCAUACUAUCACAAUUGCAAGCAAAGUAAUAGUUCAGAUUCAACCUCGCAAAUGAGAAAAGUGGCAAAAGAUUGUCAGGAUGCACUCAAGCUCGAUGCCCAGAAUUACGAAGCUAGCUACUACUUGGGAUUAUCGUAUUCAGAAAUGAAAGACAAAGGAGAUAAAGGGUUGAAAAUCAUCCAAGAAGCAUAUCAGAAAUCGCUCUCAAAUGCUAAAACCUACAAGCAUUACACUCUUCCCCAAAAAAUCUACGAGACGCUUACAACCAUGAUGCAAGAUAAGCGUCUCGAAAAGAUAAAACAAUCAGUAACCGACUCCGUUCCUCUUUUUGAUAAGGUUCUUAGGGUUCGAGAAGCUCAAUACCACCAAGAUAUUGACACUCUAACUAAAAACAAACGUGUAAGUUCAAAGUGGAUGCAGCUAGCUAAGGUCAAGUUAGCCGAGAGAUACCACCGAGAUGUUGAAAAUCUUGUGGACAUUUUCUCACGAGGGUGUCCAGAUCUGGCCAUUGACCUAGAACCUCCGCUGUAUUUAUGUGAUCCUAUUUCCUUCCACCUAUUUUUGGAGCCUAUGGUGACCCCUUCGGGCCAUUCUUACGAAAAGUCAUGGCUUUUGCAACAUCUUGAAAAGCACGACUACGAUCCCUUGACUCGCCAGAAGAUACAAAGAGACCAGUGCUAUCCAAACUAUGCUUUGAAACAGUGCGUUGAUAACUAUUUGCAAUCUAAGGCUUUGUCUUGA